AUGGGCGCACUUUGCCCACCUCUGUCUCUCACCUUCCUUCCUUGUCGCUUCCCUUCUCCCACCCCGCCCCGACAAUCAUCUCCUCUUCUCGUUACCUUUCGCUCUUCUCCGCCUGCCGAGACCCCGCUGGGGACGACUGCCACAGGCGUGCACACGCCUCCCCUCUCCCCAUUUACCCCUUCUUCUCCGCUUCCCCGGCACGCACACAGACAAGCCCCCCGUCAUUGCUGCACACACGCAGUAAAACGCACUGGCGAGAUCAUCAUGGAUGCGUAUCGCUUGUGCGUACAGCGGAGCAGCGACCCGAGCCACUGGCCGCAGUGGGUUCCGCUAGCAGCGGAGUUGAACGCCUUCCUCCCUUCCCCACCCCAGUCUCCUUCCUCGCCACCGUCGAAUUACGCCACUUCGUCACCGAGCAUCGACGAAGACUCGCGGGAGGCCUGGAUGGCUGCGGUGCUGCAGUAUGUGACACAGUGGAUGGUGAUUUUACCCCGUGGCGUCAGCAGCGGGGCAACAUCAGAGCUGAAUUAUGCAGAAACAACGACGUCCUCCAUGAGCACAAUAGACGCGGGACGCGCGCCGCUGGCACUGCAGCCAGUGGCCGUCCUGAACGCGAUGCUGGUGAGUCUGCCCACCGCCGCAGCCUCAGUCCCACACGUGCAACAGCAGCAUCAGAGGCCUGCGUCGUCUUCGCACCCCAAAGAAAUCGUCGAGCCUAGCUCAUCGUUAAGCUCCACCAACGUGCCAGAGCUCACUCCUAUUAUCGAGGAUGACCUCACACGUCCUCCACAGCUAAUGGACGUGGUUACGCGGCUGCUGCGCCACAGCGGGUGGCUCGCGUCCGGACUGUCGCACGCCGCUGGUCCAGCACCGCGAUUGCCAUCUGCGACUCUCCUCUCGCAUGCCUACCAACACGCAUUGCUUGCCGCGUGCAGUGCUGACUGGGUGACGCAGCUCCACCGCGCAUGCAAGGCGGAGGCAGCGGCGGAUGGCACCACCGCAGUAAAGACGGACCACUUCGAGCUGACGGCGCCUCUUCCGUGGACACUGCCGCCUACCAGCCUCGUGGUGUCUCCUGCGAGCGAGGAAGCACUGCGGCCGAUUGCCGGCUAUCGCGGCACGCUUCUCUUGCUCUUGUUCCAUCCACUGCGCGUCGUGCGCGUUUGGGCGCGUGAUAUGCUUCUUCGUCUAAUGACGUGCACCACACCACAGCAGGGCGCGCAGGCGUCGAGCGAGUCGAGCGGCGACAGCGGCGAGCGGGCUCUUACCACUCUCGUGGCAUUUGCGCUGCGGCUGCUGUGCACGCUGAAGCACGUGUCGGUGCUGCCGGCACAGAUUUCCUUUCUUGGCCAUCACGCACAUCCUUCGUCGACGGCAAGCGCGUCCUCGGCGCGGCUCGUGGACCCGGUCAAGUACGUGAGGCAGGACCUCGUGCGAACGGUUGCCGACGGCAUAUUCCACCUGCUCACGGUGCUCACCGCGUGGGACAAGCACUUUGAGAAAGCGGUGGAAACCCUAACGACGCCCUCGACCGCAACUGCCAAUCGCACAGCUGCCGCAUCGCUCCCUCUCUUACUGGGCAAGUGCCGUGCUACGGUCCUGCUGCUCGGAGGCAGCCUCGUGCUCUACGGACUGCAGGGACUCCAUCAAGGCAUCAAUCGUGCGCUGCUCGAGGUGUGGCGCGAUCAGCAGCGUCGACACCCACUGAGCUCCUCCGCGUGCGUCGAUCCAUGCCACGCGUCGCAGACGGCUAUGACGCAGCUGCUGGACCCUCUAAACACUCUCCUUUCCAGUAAUCCGCGCAUGCCACGGGCGAAUGCGGUGUCAGCGAUUACCAUACGCAAGGUGCUCGCGAAGGUCCUGGUGCACUGCCUCCUGGACAACGCCAGCGGUCUUGCGAGCAGCAAGGAGGAGGAGGCGUGGCGUAGAGCACGGCUGGAGUGGUUAUGGACGUUCGCAGCAGCGCUCGAACCGCCGACGCUGCGGACGACGGCGCCCCUGCAGGCCGAUCGGGCCGGCGCCUCUGCGCUAUCUCCUGCGGACACCACUGACUCGGUCGUCACCGGGUACCAGGACAGCAGCACCAUUAAUGGGGCUGGGCAAGACGAUGCCGCCACCGGAGCGCUGGUGUUGGUGCCGGGGAGGUGCGCCGGCUGGUUGUUGCGGCCGCUGUUGAAGAAUGCGGCGCAGCAACUCCAAUGGGAAAAGGCGAUGGCGGCUGCAAGAGCAAAGCCAGAUGCCGGGGGGAAGGCGUCCGUGACAGACGGCGCGGAUGACUCCAUAUUAGUCCUUGACAAGGCGGUUUAUGGUGUCUCGAUGCUGCUUGACAGUCUCGUCACAGCGUUGCCACGCCUCGUGUACACGACGUACCUGCACGACACACUGGCGGCCCACGAGUCGCAACUCCUCACUCUGGCCAUUGGCGGCAUCGUGCACACCCGCAGCACACAUGCAUUGCGCCUGCAUCGUCUUCUCUUUUUCGCGGACGUGCGUGCGUUUGCGGCAGGUGCUGCGGCUUGGGAGGGGAAUGAGACUGCGCCGACCGACACGGCUGGUGUCCCAGGCGUGUGCCUCCAACGUGUGUGGCUCACGCUACCACCGCUCAUUGUGCAGCUGUGCAAGAGCGGCGCCGUCUCUCCUGCACACGGCGGUGGCCACGCAGCCAACGGCACCAGUUGCGGCCCCCUUCCUCUUUCCAAAACUCUAGCGUGUCUCUGCGGUAUGCUGUUGGUUCUGACAGAUGAGGACGCGAUGCCGUGUCCGCAGUGGCUCUUCAUGUCCUCAGCAGCGGUCAUGUCGCGCGCACCGCCACCCUUUCAGUGGGUUGUGCAGCGCUGCAUGCGCACCAUGACCGAUAUGCUUCAUGAACAGCACGAGUUACUGAAACGGGUGUGGCUGGAGCUGCCCUCCGUGACAACAGAGGCGGUGUACGGCGCGGCAGCCACAGCCGCAGCGUCUCGGGUGUUGGCGCAGGAGAAGUCGCUUCUGCGGCUGCUUUUUGCCCUGCGCGUCGUCGCUGCCGAUGAUGCGGAGGCUGGCAAGCUCGCUGAGCGGCUCGCUGCCAUAUUCUGCGUCGGCCUCACGAGCUCCGUCGCCCGUACGCUCUCGGCUGAAGCAUUCGUAUGGGUGUGGCGACGCGUCGUGGUUACACAGCCGGAGCUGCGUCUCCAUCCACCACCUCCCUCUACAGCCUCCUUGGCCGCCGCGGCUACCGCUGGUGGUUCUUGCACAGCGUGGGACCUGGAGGACGCUGUCAUCACGAACACCGCUCGUACGCAGGGGAGCCGGUGGCUGGUGCUCUUAUGCGAGUGCAGCUGGGACCAGAUGAGUGAGUGGGAGGUGCAAUGUGGGUGGUGGAUGGCGGCUCUUCUGGCGGAUGUGGUGACCCUGGACGCGGAGCAGCGCCGCGCGCUCGCUGAGCAAGUUAUUCUCACUCUUCCUACCGCUCCCAUGCUCGCCCUCAGCGAAGCAGCUGCGUGUGUGAUGAGCAGUACCCACCAGGCGGUUGAGAUAGCGGCGGAGGAUCACCGCCGCACUACCGAGAAUAGCGAGCAGCAACUGCGAGACAGGUUGGCAGAGGGAGCGCAGCCCCGCCGCAAUGUUGUUCAGCGGCUCUUCAUUCAGGUGCUUCGCAAGGCGGAGCAGUACCCGCGGACGAGCCUGGCCAGUGUAUUGCUGCGUGUCAGCGACGCUCUAUCGCCGGCCCUAACUGCGCGCGAUGUACAGUUUCAGCAGCAAGUUCAACCGCUACUGGUGCAGCUGUGCUCGCGCUUCCCUGACGUGCAACAGCGUAUUAAUCAAGAUGGUGUCACGUGGCUGCGCCGCGGCACCGAGCAGGCGAUGCAGACGAUGAACGAGUGUCUGGCAGACCAAGAGCGCCGCUUCCGCCAAUUCGAGCUGGAGGAAUCCACACUAUGCCGAGAGAAAGCGGAAGCAGCGCAGGCGGCCGCCACGGCGGAGCGCUUGCGACACGCGAACGAGGCAAAGCGGGUGGCGGAACUGAGCCGGCAGCGGGGCGUCACACGGUCCACUGCGGUGUCGAAGAUCUCACGGAACGGGAGUGGCGACUCUGCAGUCGGUCUUUGCAUGGGCAGGUCGUCCACCACAGUAUCUCCCCACAGCGACCAGGACAACGCUGUCGCUGAAAUGACAACUCGUGAUCCUCGGCAGCAACAGCUCUUCCCGGAUCGACCCCUCGCUCACUUAGCGGUGAAACGGGCGCGCACACCCCACGCCGGUAGUGCAGACACGCGCAGCGCCGAGAACGCACCGUCGCGGCCGGCUGGCAGCGGCACAUCUGCGAUGAUAGAGCUGGACGUGGACAGCGACAUGGAAAACGUGAUGGUCGCUGCGUCCACGGUGCAGUUGCUGGACAGCCUUGCACGUCCUCCUUCGAUACCUGCGGCCACACCACCACCACCUGCACCCACGCCGAUGUCGACUGCCAAGGUACCGAAGACGUUCCCGUCAACGACGGCGUCCACCACGGCGCGGGCAGCUCCGACGCGGCUGCAGCACAAGCUACAGGAAAUCAAUGCGUGCAACACGCACCGGGUUCACCACGCCGAACAGCUGCGGCAGUUGCAAGACCGCCUGCGCCAGGUGGCCAUCAGUACGAAUCUCCUUCACUUGCAACAGCCGCUUGUACAUGACAUCAUUGGCCCCGCGUCGCAGUGCAUGGCUGCCAAAGUCCCUGUGCUGCCAGACGUGUUUGUGUCUGCAUCUGAUGUGUUGCGACGGAUUUCCUCUGAUGGGUUUGCCGUCUCCGCUGGUGGGGCAUCGUUUAACACGUGUAUCUCGAUGCCGCUUGGCAACGCAGCGAGCGAGUACGCGGUGCGCUUCGCUCCGCACAUUGCGUUGGAGCUGCGCUACGACAUCAUUCGCAACUAUGAAGACUUCAUGGACCGUGUGUGUACGGGGAGUAGCAGGUGCGACACAAACUUGUCGCAUCACUGCCGCGAAUCAGCCGCGAGGUCACCGAUGACAGCAGGUGAAAAAGCGUCGCCGUCUCCCGCGGACCGCGUGUGGAGCGGUCUGCUGCCGCUGCAUCCGGGCAUCCCGCCAGCGUGUGUGGCGGUGCAGAACAGCUGCGCAGUGCCACACGAGCACAACGGUGUGACCAUGCCGGAUCCGCACUCUCUGCACUUCAGUGUGCAAGCGUGCGCCAACCCCGCCGUUGACGCAUACUUGCAACAGCAGCAGCAACAAGCUCAAGGCACUCACUCUAGUUUGCAGAGACGCACAACAGCCUCGCCAGCCAUUUACCCGAAGUUUGUUGAUGCGGCAGUGAUUGCCGCUGCGCAACAGGGGCUCUCUGCUGCCCUCUCAGAAGGCGACGUUGUCGCGGUGCUGCUGCCUCUGCAAGCAAUUCUGCCCACGUGGGUCGAACGCGAGCUACGGCGCCCUCUGUCUGAUUGCCCUUUUGCCGAGCUGCAGCGCCGCGUGCACGAGAUACUCAACACUCUGCCACAUAGUUGGCGCACCCUCGGCUGCGCUGCGCAGGUGUGCCACGUGCAGUCACUUUCGCCUGGGGGAAGAACGGCAAUACUCUGCGCAACUCCAUCGGUGGUGGAGCGAUCGUCUGGCCAUGACAGACCUCCCUCGCUGCGCUUCUUUCAUGUAUUUCGCAUGGCGUAUGACACGGCCUCGUCGGCAACCUUCUACCUCACGAAACUCACUUCUGUCAACGCCUCUCUGAUGGAGUUGGAGGCACUUCACAAGGUUGACUACACGCGCUUUGCCGCCACUCUCUACGAUCCGCGCAGCACGGCACCUGUCGGUGUGACCUUCUAUGGCUGGGCCACCUCGUUCCUCUCCGCCGCCGGCCCAUCUCGCGCCAUGCCGCUGAUCGACCAGCUGCGGGCGCGCCUGCUGCUGCAGCAGCAGCUCAACGCCUGGCAGGUCCGCGCCAUCGCGGCCGUGUUGUACGCCGUGUGCCCUGGCUGGGAUGACGGCAUGGCGGAGCAGAGCACGCAGGCACCUAUGCCGCGCUCACCGGAGGUGCUGGUGAUCGAAGGUCCGCCCGGCACCGGCAAGACGCAGACCAUCGCCUCGCUGACGCUGAACCUGCUGCACCACCUCAGCCGUACGCGGAGCGGGGCGCUGCGCCUAUUGGUGUGUGCACCAUCGAACUGUGGGGUGGACGAGGCUCUGCUGCGCGUGGUGCGGCUGCGUGAGCAGCUGCGGGUAGCUGCACCGGUUGGUGUGCAACAACCUGCGCAUGCAGCUCUCGCUGGUGAACUGCUGCGCAUCGGUGUGCGAGACAGGGUGGACAUGGAAGUACAUCGACUGCAACAGCCUGUCUUCUUCGACGACGUUGUCGAGCUGCACCUGAGCAGCACUUCAGCUACUGCAGGGAGUCUCAGGAGAGGUGGGCGGGCCGGUGACUCGAGGGGCUCGAGGAACAUCAACGGGCGCGGUGCCGGCGGCAGUGGAGCAGCUGGUGGGAGCGCCGCCGUGCGCAACACUGUCCGCACGCACACGCUGGAGUCCGCUGCCAUCGUCUUCUCCACCCUCGGCUCGCUUCACCACAUUACCCGCUACGCACAGGGCCUCGCCUUCGAUGUUGUCAUAGUAGACGAGGCGUCGCAAGGGACGGAGCCGGCCGUGCUGCAGGCACUCACUCUCGCCAAGAGCAAGAGCGUGCUCGUCGGUGACUCUCGACAGCUGCAGCCCACAGUGCUCUCUUGGGAGGCAAGUCGCUGCGGUCUGCAGCGCAGUCUGCUGGUGCGCUUGCUGGCGUGCGGCCAUCCCUCCUUCGUGCUGCGCACGCAGUACCGCAUGCACCCCGACAUCGUCGCCUUCCCCAACGAGUAUUUCUACGGUUCGAAGCUGCUCACCGAUCGAAGUGUACUUGCACGGUCUCGCGCGUCUGACGACCCAACAGCUGCGACGCCAACCAUCGCGCAGAAGCUUGGCGGAUGCCCUCGCUUUGUGUUUGUGGAUGUGCGCGACUCGCCAAUGGAGCGGCGGCGCGACCGGUCGCUGCUCAACCGCCGCGAGGCCACCGCCGUGGUAGACUACAUGCGGCAGCUGCGCGCGUUCUUCAAGCUGACGGUGCAGGAGGUGGCCGCUCACGUCGGCAUCAUCACCUUCUACACAGCGCAGAGGAAUACAAUUCUGUCACUUUUGACACGCGAGGAGCGCCAUUGUGGUGUGCAGGUGGCGACGGUGGACAGCUUUCAGGGAAAGGAGAAGCGCAUCAUCCUGUUGAGCUGCGUGCGGACGCUGAGCGCGGCGCAGUUGCUGCAGCUGGAGCGGUGCGCGGAGCAGGGGGAGAAGGAGCGCCACGGCGAUGAUGGUGACAGCGUUGCCAGGGAGGAGCGCAGCGCGAAUCGACGCCUCGGUCGCUACGGGCUCGGAUUCCUGGCGGACUGGCAUCGCUUGAACGUGGCGCUGACGCGUGCGCAGGACUUGUGCGUGUGCUUUGCUAGUCGCGAUACUGUUCACGCCGUGGGCAUGGCUGCCAUGGCAUCUGCGGCGCCGUCACACGCAGUGACUACAGUGGAUAGUUCGGUGGAGGAAGUGGAACGCCAACUCAAUGCGGACGACGAGGACCCAUUGGCGCUAUAUCGCAUGCUGUCACACGCUGAAACGCACGAUCCUACACUGCAGCCGCAAGCAACUGAGGUGGUGCUGCUCGACACGUCAGCGGACUCCAUCGAGAUCGUGGACGCUCCUGCUACGACCCGCUCACGAGCCGCUUGCGUGACGCACCACAGCAAGAUUCGCCUCCUGAAAGAACUCACCAUGCGCGCACGGGCUGCGGAAGCUCAGGGUUCCCGCCACGACGCUCAGUGA